UUUGCAUCAAUAACUUUCACAAUACUCCAAAAAUGCGACUGAUUACCAAAAAGGUGACGCACGCACGGACGGGCCUCAGACAGAUAGAUGGGACUUUAAAUUUUAUGUAAACAGUUCUUUUAACGCUUAUUAAUCAUUCAACCUCGGCUUGAGUUAUUUACCAACCCUGCAGAGGAACGUAAGAAAACUAUGAUAAACGCAUUGUUUGAAAUGCAACCUUUUAUCUAAAAUUGUCAGUUUACGUAUCCAUAGGCUCCCCCAUAGAUUCGUCAGAACUACCGAUGGCUCAUCAGCUACUGAUCGUUGAAGAUAUCCGUGCCGCGACGUGGACAGAGUAUUCUUAUCACGGGAUCCAUCGCGCGCUUGUAGAAAUAAGCGGCUAGCUGACCCGUUAACACUUCAGUCUCGUUCUGGACAUCUUUCGAUAACGUCACGCUGUCUUCGAUCCGGCUCUAAGAAGCACGAGGAAGCCGAUUCGUGUCUUCGUUACGCGCAUUGAACGCAGAGCCGAUCGAAGGCGGUCUGAAAAUCGGGUGUGCGGCAGGCACGAUGUAUCUGUAAAUUUGAAUAAAUACAUCAACGAUUCUGUGGCAGUGCUGGUGAAUCAAAUAAUUUGUGCUACUUGUUGAAAAGUUAAAUCGCACGGCGUGCAAAAAUGGGGCAGGAUAUGGAAGAAAGAAAUGAAAAAAUUGGUCUGAAACGGGAGCUGGGCCUCUUCAGCGCAGUUAGCAUCAUCGUCGCUGUUAUGAUCGGUUCCGGAAUAUUUGUGUCUCCUACCAGUGCUCUUGAGAGAUCAGGAUCCGUGGGAUUUUGUUUAAUCGUUUGGAUCUCUUGCGGCUUGCUGUCUCUACUCGGAGCCCUCGCGUUCGCCGAACUGAGCACAGUGGUACCGCGAUCUGGAGCCGAAUAUGCUUACUUCAUUGAAGCUUUCUCGCCCCUUCAUCGCUACGCCGGAGAAAUCCCGGCUUUUAUCUGUUCUUGGGUUUACGUGAUGCUUUUGCGACCAGCGGAAGUGGCAGUAGUUAUGCUGACGUUCGCCGAAUAUAGUGUGCAACCGUUCUCCGGAUAUUUGAAAGAUCUCUCCGCGGAGUCGAUGUUCACAUUGAAAAAACUAAUAGCUCUCCUGGCGCUCAGCUUGAUUACUUACAUCAACUUGACCAGCGUAAAGCUAUACGUGAAAGUUCAGAAUGUAUUCACCGUAUGUAAAAUAGUCGCGUGUAUCUUCGUGAUUGGGGGUGGAUUGUGGUGGUUGUUAACCGGACACACAGAAUUAUUGAGUAAUCCAUUCGAAGGCACUACACAUUCUGCUGGUAAUGUGGCUCUGGCCUUCUAUAGUGGAUUGUGGGCUUACGACGGAUGGUCUUCCGCCGCAAUCGUUACCGAGGAGAUCCAGAAACCGGAAGUCAACAUCCUUAGAAGUAUUCUAAUCGCGGUACCCUUGAUUACUGUCUUGUACGUUUCAAUGAACCUGAUGUACAUGGCUGCUCUAACGACGCCGGAAAUGAUUAGCGCACCGGCUGUCGCGGUUCUAUGGGCGGAAAGAGUUCUGCCACCCUGGCUAGGAUUCGUGAUACCUCUGGGUGUCGCUUUAUCUACCUUCGGAUGCGGUCUUAGCAUCCAGUUCGGAGUAUCCAGACUUUGCUACGUAGCCGGAAGCGAGGGUCAUGUACCCCGAGUUUUCAGCUUCGUACAUAUGGAAAAGAUGACCCCUGCUGCGGCAGUGGGAUUCCAGGGAUUAUUGGCAUUUGUUUUCCUGCUUGUAGGAAACAUUAUUGCGCUUAUAGAAUUUGCAAGUUUUUUAACAUGGGUAUUCUACGGCCUUGCGAUGUUAUCGUUGAUUAUUAUGAGACGAACGAAACCAAAAGCACCGCGACCGUAUGCAGUACCGAUUUCGAUACCUUGGCUGGUAUUGGGUAUCUCUAUUUUCUUGGCUGUGACGCCGAUCGUACAUGAACCAUCGCCCAAAUACUUGUUCGCACUAUUGUUUAUUGUUUGCGGUAUUGGAAUUUAUCACACGUACGUGUAUAAGAAAGUUAGAAGCACUUUAGCAGCGAAAGUCACGUACCUGAUCCAGGCGUUAUGUCUAGUUGUCGCUCCAGAUAAAGAAGACUGAUGUUUCAUUUUACAUUCAAUUGUAAAUAAGUAAUAUACACCAAAAGACGCAGUAUCAUAAUGUUCAACAACAUUUUUAUUCAUUUUUUUUUUAACUAAAAAAGUCCGUAUUUAUAUAAUAUUUUCAUACUUGUUCAGUAUU